AUGGAGGCUCUGCUGGGAAGGAUGCUCCAGAAGCACCUAGGAGCCAUCCUGCUUGACUUCAAUCCCCGGAAGAACACCAAGUUCAAGUUCUCGCUGGGGAGCGGGCAGCAGAUGAUCCUCAAGGAUCUCAGGGUGGAUCCCACGUGGCUAGCAAAGCUCAUCCCUGGCUUGCCGUUUGUGAUAACAAGUGGCCGCAUCGACUACAUCAUCAUCCAUGCUCGCAUACAGAGCAUGAAGUCUGAGCCCAUGUCUGUGGAGAUAGGACGGAUACAUCUGGAGAUCAAAGAGCCUGCCAACAUCGUCCCUUACGACGUCUGCCCCGAGACAGGCGAUGCAUGGAGCCAGGGGGAGCCGGCGCAGCCUGCAGGAGCAGGUUCAGGAAGCUCGUCUCGUGAGGGAGAGAAGAAGAGUGUGACGAGGGAGAGCGACAAGCACUGCACCAACCAGUUCCAUGAGACCAGGAACGGCACAUGGAGGAAGCGGGUGAAGAAGAACUACACCCUGAUGCAAAAGAUUUGGCACGGGAUUCACUGGAAGAUCAAAGAGAUCCACUUGGAGAUCUCAACACUCGGAGAGUCGAAGGCAGAAUCUCCCGGCAUCAACUUGACUGCUCCGCCGACCAUCAACGUCUUUGUGAGAGAUUUAGACUUGUACAGCACGGACGAGAAUGGGAACAUCUGUGAUUUGAAGCGAGCUCGCGCGUACUCAAAAUUUUUGGAUGAUGAGGUGUACGUGUUCAAGAAGGGAAGUUGUUUCCUAUCUGUGAACCUCACACCUUCGAACCCGUGGUUUCCCGAGGUCUCUGUCUUCGAAGGAUGUAGCUUCCAAUUCGAGUAUGUCAACUUGUUCGAGCCCAAGUGGCAGAACGCCAAGGGGGAGGAUGUUACGCUCGACAAGAUGAGCUCCAUUGAGAUCACGAGCACUGAACCUCUCAUCUGCCACCUUGACGGGGAAGACCUGCUUCAUGUCGGAGAGAGCUUCAAGGGAGUCUUCUCUGCUUUCUCACGGACUGACAUUCCAUUCGAUCCGUUCAAGUACGGUCAGUUCACGCGCGACACGUUCGUCUUCAAGGUUGAGAUCGGAGCGUUCUCCUUGUUCGAUCUAGCGGAUCCUUGCUGCCUCUACCUCCAAGCUCCAUGGAGAACAUCAACCGAUGAAGAGGACCUGCAGGAGCUCCAGAUCCCUGAGGUCAAGUUCUGGAUCGUUCAUCCCCUUCGAGCAGAGGAGGCAGAAGAGUUGGCGUCGGUGAAAGUGUACGGGAGAAAACGGAAGUUUCUGCGCUUUGAGUGGAAGAGCUGUACCAUGAUGUUCUCAGACUUUCGACCACCCGAACCGAUCCUCGAGCAUUCUGUCUUCGCCUUCAUUGACUCUCUCAAGGUCAGCAUGGUCGAGGGGUUCGUCGACUACGCCAUGUGCAUUCAGACGCUGGUGGCCAUGGGGCUUGCGCUGGAGUCUGUUCCGGUCCCAGACGAGUCAGGAAGUCCGCAUCGCCGCCAGCCUUCCAUGAGCUUGUUUGACAAGAGAAUCAUUCACCCGAUGAUCUCCGUCGAGAUCCCGGCAGAGGAUGGGAAAGAUGUUCACCUUUACCUCCAUGUCAAUCAGCUCAUGGUAAUCUGCGAAGGUAACAACACUCAUAAGGACGACGGGCUAGUCAACGUCAUCUCCUGCGAGUCAAUCGUACCUGAGUGUGGACUCUACUGUGAUGACCCGACGUUUUCCGUGCCUGUUUCAAGCACGAACAGUGCGAGAAAGGUUUUGGGUCCGGACAUCUAUGCCCUAGUGUGGAUCCAUCGGAUCGAGUUCCGAGGAAGGAUGGAGGUCGAGGGCAUCGCCGGAAGUCUCAACGAAGGGCAAGUACGCGCCAUCAUCCUCCCCUUCAAUGUCAGAGAUGUCGGUCUCUCCAUCCACAGCAAGCACCUGCAUCGCCUCCUCCUCGGCCUCUCUCAGCGCUACCAGCCCGCCAUGAGCACGCUCAACACCUUGGGGCAGGCAGGAAGAGCGUCAGAGAAGGAGGAGGCGAUGGCAGCAAGCAAGAGCGAGCCAGAGUUGGUCAAGCCUCCUGUUAUCACCGUCAACCUGGCUGUAGGUAGCGCCAGCCUCUUUGUUGUCGGCUCCGGCAUAUCAAGCCUAGAGGACGUGCAGAAAGGUGGUGGGACAGGAGGAGGAGGAGGGGGGGGGGGAGGAGGGGGAUCGGAGAACGCGUGGAUCAGGCUCACUGCUAAAGGAGAGGCCAACUUUCAGCUCAUCAAGGACGUUCUCACCCAGCUGGAUGUCACGAUCCCAGUAACGAACUUAAACGACCCACUUGCCGUCGUCACCUUCCAGAGGGCCGAGCUCGAUGAGAUUCUCAAGAAGAGAUUCGUUCCUCCGACACUCGGGUGGGAGAAGGUUGUGGUGCACGUGCAGGGGCUGCGGAUGCAGGUGGACCAUGGGCUAGUGACUGACAUCGCAAACUUCAUCGCCGACCUCGCGGGGGUUCAGAGCAUUGGCAGAGACAUCGGAGUGAUCGUGCGCGAGGUCUUCAAGGUGGUAUCAUGGACCAGCAGCUCGACGUCAAAGCGCGGGGCGUCGCAGUCGCACGAGAAGGAGAAGCUGGCGCUCAACGACAUCCGGUCAGCCGUGCACACCAUCCGAUCCGCCAUGAGCCUUCGGCCCAACAAGCUGCAGAGCAACCUGACGGCACUGCAUGGGAGGAGGAGGCAGGAGGAGGAGGGGAGGGUCACGUCGCCGGUGAAGAAGCGGGAGGACAACUCAGACUCGAUCAAGCUGAACUCCUUCACGCUUGAGCUGGGCAAUGACUUCAACUCGACCUCUCUCAACUCUCCUCCCUUGAACUCUCUCCCUCCUUCUCUCAACUCUCCCCCUGCCGAUGACUCGAUGGAUGUCGCUGGGGUGGAUCGGCUGAACCUUGUUGCGAAGAAGUUCAUCUCGCGCGUCCCCGAGGAGCUCGAAAUCUUCCUGCGGGACUGUAGGAUGGAGAUUGUUCCCUCCGACUCCUCCGAAAUGCAUCAGCUGUCAGCCCUCAUUGCGACUCUUUCAGAUGCUCUUCAGGCCAUCAGUCUCCUACGUCCGUUUGGCGUGUCGGUGUAUUGUACGAGUUCGAAAUUCUCCGAGCAAGAGCGGAACCUGCAGGUCUCUUUGGCUCGACCGCUUGAUGACGAUGAUGAUGAUGGUGAUGGUGAUGAUGAUGGUGAUGAUGAUGGUGAUGAUGAUGAUGAUGGUGAUGAUGAUGGCAACUUGAGCUCCUCUCAGGAUCACGAUUCUCACCGACAAGAUCGGCUGCGAGUGCGAGGUCACCUAGGGAAAGGAAGCGAAGCAGGUGGGAGGCAAGGGAGUGAAGGAGCAACAGGAAAGACAGUCGGAGUAGACCAGCAAGGGAGGGCGGAGGAGGAAGGGACGAUGACUUGCACGUCGGAGGAGCUGUCGAAUCUACAACAGGGCAGAGAAAGCAAGGAGAUCAGCAGAGACGACGCGCACCACCAGAUCGACAUCCUCAAGCGCAAGAUGACGAGGAUGAGGAAGGAGCAGGAAGAAGUGAAGCGUUUGGCACAGAGACAGCAGCAGCAUCAGAGGAAUACGCGUGUGCUACUUGACUCAGCCCGGGAGAUGUUGACCGACAUGACACCGGAGGCCUCGAGCAAGGCGGACUAUGCCAUGGUGCUUCAGCUGCUUGACGACCUUGCUCUUGAAACGGCUGCUGCCGACGAAGACCUCGAUAUGCUGGUAAGGGUGACGCAGGGGACGGAGAGGAAGCGCAAAGGCGAGCAGUCGAGCACGGCGGGAGAGGCGUAUCCGAGGAGGAGUUCGGAUGGUUUCGCUGCUUCGGGAUACACCUUUGAGGAUUAA